CCUCUUUCCCUUCUCCUCCCGAUCUCCUCGUAGCUCAAACCCUAGAUCGCCGCGGCACCGUUACACCCCGUGAGGCCGCCUCCUCCUAUCUGUCGUCCCGAUCUCCAGCCGAGACCUCGAACAGUCGCGGCUUCGCCUCUCUCCUGCGCGCUCGUCCCCGUCGAGGCGGGGCACGAACGGCGUCCACCUCGUCGGCUACUGCAAUACUGCCGUCCACUUCGUCUCCGUGGUCGGCCACUGCAUCCAGCGCAAGUUCCAGGGGGGAGGGGGCAUCAAGGUGCGUUCGUAGGUGCGCUAAGCGACAGUGCGCAGUCGCCGGGAGCUCGAGAGCGGCUUCUGUCCUUCAACUCCAGCCGCCACUCCCCUCGCUGCUCUGCCCCUCCCCACCGCCCUAAUCCCCUCCCAGUCCGCGGCGAGCACCGUUCAGCGACGAUGAGCAGUGUGCCUAUAGAUUCAGACGUCCUUUCCUUGACCUCCACCAACGUCCCGCUCCUGGUCCCUAGAAAACUUGUGGUGGCUCACACGCCUGGCAUUCCUAAACGGUAUGAGCUUCUCUUGAAGCAUUUGACUUAUCUUUUGUGCUGUGACAAUGAAGGGAAGUCUUAUGUCUGUUGCUCGAAUCAAAGGAUCAUGUUUCUAAGGUGGAGUAAGGCAGACAUGUGCCUGUUUUUUGAGUGGGAAGAAGAGGAGGAGCAGAUGAUUUGCUGGAUGCAUGAUAUUGCCAACAAUGUCUGCAUGAAGUUCCUUCUUAAUCCAGCAAUAAUACAUGGAAAAAAUUUCAUCACAGCCAAACGACCCGCAAUUGCUUUUUCAUCCGAUUUGAGUAACACUGAAGUGAAAAAAAGGCUCAUUACUAUCUUUGGCUCUUCAGAGAAUGAAGAUUUACUAAAAAGUGAUCAUCUAUUUGUUUUCACCACAACUGGAUCUUCAUUAUGUUUCAGGAAUUUCAAGAUUGAUAGCUACCCUGAGUUGGACGCUACCGGUUCAUUAGUUCUCACUGAGGUUGGUCCAUUUUUCAGUUUGAAGCUUUUAGAUUCACAGGGAGACUUGAAGCAAGAUUUUGACUUGUCCCAAAAUCAGAUUGGUGAAACGCUGGAGUUAUGUUCAGCUGUGUACUAUGGCUCAAGUGAUUGUUCAGGGUCAUAUACACCUCAUCAUGUUGAGUUGCAUGGGCGAACAUUCACAGUUCUUCUAAGGAAUGAUCACAAGCUAACACUGGCAGGGCAGUACGAGGGGUUCAAUGCUUCACUCCUUGAUCUACUGUCGAAGGAACCUGCUCUAAAGAGAAAACAUAUAAUUGGGUCUUCCACCAGCAAGCAGCAUGUCUUCAUUAGAAAUAGGUUCCUAUCUAUCCUUCAGUCUGUGGUGCUUGAAUAUGUGAAUCUAUUUGCAUCAGGAAGUUGUUUUGCAUCAGAUAUAAAGUUGGACAAUGUCCUCAUAAGAGGACAUCAAAUUAAGAUAUAUGGGCUUAUGGUCAGUAAAUAUGCAAAUGAAUUGGCAGUGGGAAACGUGAGACAGCUUGAGUUCCUUAUUAGGUCCUGCUUCCCUUCAACGCUGAUACCUGAGGAAUUGGAGGAUGCACUUAAUUUUGCGGUCCAGCCUGUGUUGGAUGGUAAAGAUCCGUUGACCUGCUUGCAAGCAUUGAGUGAUGACCCAGUGUGGCUUACACCAGAACACAGAAGGACACUUCUGAUUAACCAUCAUAGUGAAUUUAUGACGAAUGUCAACAUAAGGGAUGAGCUUAGUGAUGAAGAUGCUCUCAAGUUCAAGAAAGAUUUCUUUGUAGCUUGCCCUUAUAUAGAUACAUGGAGUGAGAUUACCAUGGACAAUGAGUACUUGGUUGAGGUGGGAGAAGAUGAGGAAAUUGCCAAGGAAGUUGAUGGUAUGGAGGAUGUAGAAGAAGAUGCAAUUGCAAUAAAAAAGAGAAGCCAAAAGAAGCACAAAAUGAGGCAAGCUAGCAAGGGUGUAAAGAAGAGGCAGAAGAGGCGAAAAGACGGCAAUAAAGGCACGAUUCAGCUCAACUUUAAGAGAAAUUUUUUGAUGCAUAUGCCUGAAAAGGCAAACAAGGAUGGUAUCAUUCCUUUUCGGUUGGGCCUGUCAGAUAGGAUCCUAACAUCCUACUACCCACUGUAUCUUGCUUUCAUUCAUAGGAAAAUGUCAUCAAGGCGAAAAUUGAAGAAGAGGAAGAAAUAAAAUGGUGAGCGGCAGGAAUGACUGAGCAGGCUUCCUUGGUAGCGAGCAUGUUAUAGAAGACUUCUCCAUGUUUUAUUUUAGUGUCUGAUCUUAGCUUGAUUUGUGCUGUUUAUUUUUUGUUGCUUUUUUUGGGGAACCGAAGAUUGAAUCGGAGGCUGUUUUGAGGAAGAUUUCCUCCAACUGCUGAAAUAAUUGAAUGCCAGACUGAUGGAUAAGUAGCACAAAUUUGGCCUUUCCAA